AUGAAAAAGACGGCCAAGUCAAAGCGAUGCGACAUAAGAAGCGCGGGCCGCUUCUCUGCACGGUCGUUCAUCUCCGCUGGAGCUCCCGCUCUGCUACCGUCCCGGUCACAGGACGGUGGCAGUGACGCCUGGUGGAGGGCGCUCUGUCUGCGCGUGCUCCAGGAAUACCCGGGACCGCGGCGACCCGCCACCAACCAGCCUCUCCAGGUGUCGCGCCGGCGCCUCACCCUGGCGGCGUACGACCGGACGGUGGCUCCGCGUGACCACAAGUUCUCACUGUUCCGCACGUACUGGCUGGUGUGGGCCAUCCUGUUCCAGGCUGCUGUGCACACCGACUGUCCUCGAGGACUGACAGCCAGAUUCAUGGCUUCCAUGUGGGCACUGUUUGCGGUCGUCUUCCUCGCCAUCUACACCGCCAACCUGGCCGCCUUCAUGAUUACGCGAGAGGAGUUCCACGAACUGAAGGGUAUUGACGACGACCGGAUGGUGUUCCCCAACUCGUUCGAGCCGCCGUUCCGGGCCGGAACCGUCCUGUACACCAACACCGAGAUGGUGCUCCGGAAGCACAAGCCGCAGCAGUUCAGGCACAUCCUUCAGCACACACGUGCGGAUGUACAGGAGGGCAUCAAGCAUAUCAAGACUGGAGAGCUGGAUGCGUUCCUCUACGACGCCACGGUGCUGCAGUACAUGGUGGCGCAGGACGACGACUGCGAGAUCCUCACUGUCGGCUCGUGGUACGGCAUGACCGGCUACGGCGUCGGCUUCCGGCGCGGCUCGAAAUACGUCGACCAGUUCAACAAGAAGCUCAUGCAGUACAACGAUCACGGCGACAUCGAACGUCUGCAGAGGUUCUGGCUGACGGGUGCCUGUAAACCCCAGAAGCAGCACAAGAGGGCAUCCGAACCACUGGCUCUGGAACAGUUUUUGUCAGCUUUCCUGCUGCUGGGCUGCGCCAUACUGCUGGCCUGCGCCAUACUGGCCUGCGAGCACUGCUACUUCAAGUACGUCCGCAACAAGCUGGCCAAAACGGACCGCGGCGGCUGCUGUGCCCUCAUCAGCCUGAACAUGGGCAAGUCGCUGUCGUUUCGAGGGGCGGUGUACGAGGCGCAGGACAUAAUCAAGUACCACCACUGCCGGGACCCCAUCUGCGACACCCACCUGCUCAAGGUAAAGCGAGAGCUGGACGUGGCGCGACUCAGGAUCCGCGAGCUCGAGGACCAGCUCCUGGAUAACGGCUUCGCUCCCAGCUCACGCUUCCUGGCCGCCAUGCGACAGACAGCGCCGCAGAAAAGCAAGAACUCGUGGUGCUGUUUACCACCAAAAGAUGGCGCAGAGCUCAGAGGGCCUAUCGUGACGCGGCCCGAGCGGGGCCUCCCCAGCGCUGUUCGCCACCACAUGUACACACAACAGUCUGCUGAGUUCAUCCGACUUAACCCGGACAGAUUCAGCGGCCACCGACAGCAGCAGAGACCCGCCUCUGUGGAGAUCGCCGAGCUGGAGACCGUGCUGUGAGGCUGAG